AUGGCGGGUAUGGAGGAGUUGCUGACGCUGCUGUUCAACGCGCUGCUGCUGGUGUUCGUGGUGAAGCUCUUGCUGGCCUUGUUCAACACCAAGAUCAUCGUCAUCCUCCUCUACAUACUCGUCCUCCUCUUCGCCAUGCUCCUCUCCGGCAGAUUCCCCGUAAUAAUGGGGAAAAAGAGGAGGAGGAAGAGGAAAAGGAACAACGCCGCCAAUGGAAGGGCUCAAAGGAAAGGAAAGGAAAGGCUCUUCCUUUCCCCUCCCAGAGAAACCAAGCCCCGGACCGGAAGGGAGGCGGAGACCUUGCUCCCUGUCCCACCCUUUGUGCCCGCCUCUACUGCCCUUCCCGUUGCACAGCACAGCACAGCACAGCCACCGUGUUGA